AGCGCCGCCCCAAGAAGUUCGGGAGGACCUCCGAUCGUUCACGCCUGUGCCGUCGCCUGCCCUUCUGGCAUCUCCGUGGCGUCCGUGCCCGACAUGCUGCCCGGGUACGCGGCCAAGCUGUCCGACGAGGGCGACGCCAUCCGUGCGCGGUAUCUCGGCUUCCACCCCGACUCCGCGGCGCGCCGGCGGAUCUACGAGGAGGCCUCGCUGAGCGGGCGGCUGCCGCUCCCCGGGCCCACGCUCUUGGUGACGGGUUCCGAGGACGUCGACGUGCCGGCGAAGCUCCUCGGCGACUUCCACGCGAGCUGCGCCGCUGUGGCCCCCGCCGAGGCCCCGGUCGAGCUGCUGGAGGUUUACGGCGGCGACCACUACAAUCUGAUCACCGCGGGCGACAAGAUGUGGCACCAGGUGGCUCGGAAGCUGACCGCCAUGCUUCAGGAGAACUGCGGCUGGGAGCUGCCCCCAUACCUCGAGGACUACGACGUCACCGAGGAACGCGGCUUCCUGCCCGCCCCGGACCCUCUGCAGAGCAGCGUCGCGAAUUUGCCACCGGACUUUCCCGUCGGUGAGGCAGGCAUUCUGGAGGCCUGGGAGGCCUGCGUCGCGGAGCUGCCCUCGAACCUCUGCGCGGGCACAGUGCGCUGGCGCAUCGCGGCGCUGCCCGAGCCGAAGAUCGGCGGCAGCGGAGACCUGGCGGCCUGGCAGCUGCUGCUUCUCGCCGACGAGGCGCGCGCAGAGAGGGCCCUUCUGCUGCUCUCGUGGAUCGGGCACGCCUGGGUCUGGGGCGAGGCCGACAUCAGCCACAGCCUGCCCGCCAACAUCGCAGUGCCAUGGACGGAGGUGGCGCGCAUUCUCGGCCGUCCGGCCAUACUGACGUACUACUCGUUCAAUGCGUUCAACUGGCGACGCCUCGACGGCGACGGCCCCAUUGGCCUGGGCAACAUUUGCCGCCUGAACAACUUCCUGGGCGGCCAGGACGAGGAGUGGUUCUCGACGGUGCACGUGGCCAUCGAGGCCCUGGCAGGGAGGGGCCUGGCUGCGUCGGUGGACGCCCAGCGCACCGUGGCUAGAGGGGCCGAUGGCGCCGGUCACGAGGAGCGCUCCGCCUGGCACAGCCGUCUAGCCGAGGAGGUUCAGGGCAUCGCGGAGACCAUUGAGAGCAUGGUGGCCGUACUCCGGCGCAUGAAAGAGCGGUGCGACCCUUACAUCUAUUACAUGCGCGUGCGGGUCUUCAUGAAGGGCUGGACGGCGGAUGAGCUGCCCGAUGGCAUGGAGUACAGCGGUGUGCCUUCGGCUGGCGCCGGCAGCAAGGAUAGUCCGUGGCGCCGCGAGCGCUUUUACGGAGAGACCGGCGCGCAGUCCAGCGUCGUGCCUGCCUUCGACGCCGCCCUGGGCCUGGCCAUGUCGGAGGACCCUCUGUCCCCUUACUUGGUGGCCAUGCGGGGCUACAUGCCGCCUAAGCACAGCGACUUCAUCUCGCGGCUUGAGAGUGGGCCCUCUGUUCGCGGAGUGGUGCUUCAGGCCGUUGAGCAGCACGCUGGUCGGCCGAACAGCGCAGGAGCCGAGCGCCUGGUGCAAGCGUACAACCGCUGCGUCCAGGGCCUCUCGACGUUCCGGUCGGUGCACUUCGAGCUGGCCUUCGCUUUCGUUCGGAAGUGGGACGAGCGCAAGGACGAGGAGAUCAAGGGCACUGGCGGCACGCCCUUCAUGCCUUACCUGAAGAAGCAUCGGAGUGCAACAAGGGAGCUCCUCGUGGAGUGGCCGAAGUGACUUUUAGGGGCCGCGCGGGGCGUGCAGGGCGUUCGCGCCCGCCUGCCGCGCGUUUGGCGCCCUCCGCACGGCGCUGAGCCUCCCCCCCCCGGCACGCCCUUGCGAACGAACUCAGUCGUCGGCGUCGUCGUCGCUGUCGUCGUCGGCGUCGGCGUCGUCGUGGUCGUCGU